UCAUUUUCUCGUUUUCUUAUUAUUUCCCCCAAUUUCUCGAAUACUGGUAAUACUUGAACUGUUUCUCCCACGUCUUCUCCCCCCACCCUUCACCCCAUCCUCCCAAACUGUCCUACCCUCCCCCGGUCACAGUCCCGUCGGGCAAAGCGCGGGAGGCUUACACUGUUUUGUGUCCAUUUUCUAUGCGGCGGACGACGCUCCCUACUUUUUUGUUAUUACUUUUACACAAUCAUGGGAUCACUGGUGUAGAUGGACAAACCGCCACGCAGAAGCCAAAUGUUUUGUUUAUAAUGGCAGAUGAUCUUGGGUUCAGCGAUGUGGAUUGGAAGGAUAGCACGUUACAUACACCAAACCUCCGGCACUUGGCAUUUCACAAAAAUACGGCGCUUCUGUCAAAUUCCUACGUUAACCAAUUAUGCACACCAACACGAAGCGCUUUUAUGACGGGCUACUACCCAUUUCGGGUCGGCACACAGAAUGGCGUGUUUUUGCACAUGGAGCCUGCCGGUGUGCCAACAAUGUUUCCAUUUCUGUCGGAAAACAUGAGACAAUUGGACUAUUCAACGUAUUUGGUUGGAAAAUGGCAUUUGGGAUAUUGCAAGAAAGAGUUUCUUCCAACAAAUAGAGGCUUUGACUAUUUUUACGGGUUUUAUGGACCACAAACGGGUUACUUCAAUCACUCAGCAGACCAAUACCAUCGGGAACUAAAAAGAGUCGUCAAGGGAUUGGAUUUAUUUGAAGAAGUUGGCAGCGGAAAAAGCGUACCAGAUUUUUCACAGAAUGGGGUUUACUCAACGGAUCUUUUCACUGAUGUAGCAAUGAGUGUACUGGACAACCACAACAAUUCCAAACCAUUCUUUAUGUUUCUUUCCUAUCAAGCAGUACACCCGCCUCUUCAAGUCCCACGCUCAUUCGACAAGUAUUGCACACGAGUCAAAAAUCGCUAUCGUCGCAUUUAUUGUGGGAUGCUGACAGCAAUGGAUUUUGCAAUUGGAAGAUUGGUGGAAUACCUAAAAGCCUCUAAUUUAUAUGAAAACACAGUGAUUGUGUUUACUAGUGACAAUGGUGGAACAGCGAAUUUUGGAGCAUCCAAUGCUCCUCUUCGUGGUGAGAAAGAUACAAUCUGGGAAGGUGGUACAAAAACGACAACGUUUGUGCACUCACCAAUGUACAUUGAAGAAGGUGGAACAAGGGAUAUGAUGUUUCAUGUUGUGGAUUGGCACGCUACAAUAUUAUCUAUCACUGGUUUAGAAAUUGAUUCAUAUGGUGACGGUAUCAAUCAGUGGGAGUAUUUAAAAACGGGUAGACCAAAGUUCAGGCGUUUUCAAUUUGUUUACAACAUUGACAAUCACGGCUCUGCAAUACGCGACGGAGAUUAUAAACUGAUCGUUGGAAAUGUCGAUCGAAAAAUGUCAAAGGACAAAAAUAGGACGCGGUUGUUCAGAAUCACUACAGAUCCAACUGAAUCCAAAGAUAUCGCACGAAGCAAUCCAAAAAUUGUGCGAAGAUUGCUUGCUAAACUCGACCAACUGAAAAAGUUUCUUCAUAAAAAUGUUCGUAAACCACUCAGCCUGAAUGGUAGUCCAGAACGGUUUAAUGGAAGCUAUUCCAGUUAUUGGUGUGAUGAACAAAUUUGAAGCCAGAAUCUCAUAAUUAUGCUCACUUUACUCAAGGUACUUUUUAAUGGGUAUAUUCCAAAUGAACCGAUGCCAUUUUUGAAUGAAUUAAUAAAAGAUAAUGUCACUC